AUGGCGGUGGGCAUAUCGCGGGCCAAGUGCCUGAUGACGCUCUUCGCGUUGGCGUCCAUUGCCGUUCUCCAGGUUUAUGCGCGUAGCACGCACGAGACGUACGGCACGGAAAGGAAGUUGAGUCCUUCGGACUUGAGUUUGGAGGAGCUGGAUGGGUUGUUGCAGGAUUGCCCAAUAGUCCAAGCCCUCUCCGCCGAAAAGGUCGCUGCCCACGCGCACCAAACCUCCUCUGCCACCGAGCGUCUCUUCGCCAUCCUCUUUCCCGGCUCCCCCGCCGUCAACGCUAUUCUCGCGACCCUCUACAUCUCCGGCCCGCCCAACUUCCUGCUGGCCCUGUGCCCGACCAACAUCGACCCGUCUUCGCUCUCCGUUAUGGUCGCCUUUGCCGUGGGCGGCCUGCUGGGCGAUACCCUGUUCCACCUGCUUCCCGAGAUCUUCAUUGGCGAGGAUAGCCACGAGAGCGCAAAGUUUGUGCUGGUCGAGCCGAACAGGAACCUGCUGCUGGGUGUUGCGAUUCUGGUUGGAUUCAUGACUUUUGUGGCUAUGGAUAAGGGCUUGAGGAUUGCGACAGGUGGUGAAGGCGGGCAUGAUCAUUCUCAUGGACAUUCGCAUGGUGGUCAUUCGCAUGUGGCGGAGGCGACUGGUGUCGAGGCUGUGAAGAAGGGAGAUGUAAAGAACAGAAAGGGUGACCUGAAGAAGAAGGAUGUUGGGGACGCACAAGAUGAGGAUGACAAAAAGGAGAUCAACCCUUCUGCUAAGCUGGGCGGCUACCUGAACUUGAUUGCCGACUUCACCCACAACAUCACCGACGGCCUCGCCAUGUCCGCCUCCUUCUACGCCUCCCCCACCAUCGGUGCAACCACCACCGUGGCCGUCUUCUUCCACGAGAUUCCUCACGAGGUCGGCGACUUUGCCCUGCUCGUCCAGUCCGGCUUCUCCAAGCGCCAGGCUAUGGGCGCCCAGUUCAUCACCGCCAUCGGCGCCAUGCUCGGCACCCUCAUUGGUAUCGCGGUGCAGGAAUUCGGCGGCUCUGGUGAUGCCAAUGGAGCGGCGAUGGGCAUGAAGGAGGGCCUUUGGGGAACCAGCUUGACCUGGGGAGACAUGUUGUUGCCGUUCACGGCGGGUACCUUUUUGUAUGUGGGCACGGUUGCUGUCAUUCCGGAGUUGUUGGAGACGGGCAAGGAUAAGGCCAAGGAGUUGAAGAAGACGCUUGUGCAAUUUGCGGCUAUUGCGGUCGGAGCGGGGAUUAUGCUGUAUAUUUCCUGGCACGAUUAA